CAAGUGAGGAGCAAGCAAGCAGGCAGGCACCGCGCGGUGCGCGUGAGUCGGCGCGAUGGAACCGGCUCGUUCCGCGUAGUGGUGCCAUGGAACCCAUCUUUGCCUCCGACGACAUGCACGUGAGCGCCAACGGCGGGCCAGCCUUCAGCGCGGCGGCCAGCGCCGGCCGCGCCGUCCACGCGGUCAACAACAUCAGCUCCUGGGGCAACGUGAUCGCAGCCAACGCCAGCAGGGCACGCAGGCUGGCCCGCAGGGACGACCUCGCCGCGGCAAAGGUGGUGGGCAUCUGGCUCGGCUGCUUCUUCAUCAUCUUCCUGGUGGUGGGCAUCCCUAACUACAUCCAGAAGAAAAUGCGCGAGGCGCAGGAAAACAACGAACGGGCGUCGGCGCACGGGGGACUUGAGCGGCGGCUCUCCAUGGGCGAGCCCCGGAGUGCCGAGUGACCCCGCUGGCGGCGCUGGCCGGGAUCGCAUCGACGACGACGCGCGACCCAACAGAUCCAGCCGCCGAGAUUGGGCCCCCCACGCGCAAGGAGGCAGAAAGUGCCGCCGCUGUGCGAUACCGCACUACCUACAUCAGCGGUGCCGGUUCGACUGCCAUAACGCCCUUGACCGUGCCUCAGGCUCAGACGUCAGCGACAUGACGAUACUACAUGUGAAGUUCCCGCCGCCAAGGAUCGCACGUAUGCGCUGUGGUGGCAGGCCGAUGUGCUCCACCGCGGGCGAAGUCGCGCAGCCGUCCCCUCGAGUUCAAAUGAAUGAGCCCACAAUAAAUCUUUUCUUUAA